ACCCCCACUCUGGAGGAGAAGAGCAGGUAGAAAGGGUUGGUUCGGGUUUUCUAGAGGGACCUCCCCCAAACCCCCCUUCUGUAUUUACCAACAAGAGGCGCUUCUAUCCCCAACACGGAGCAUCUGAGACAACUUCAUUUCACCUCGACUAAUAAAUGCCAAGAAAAGAACCGGCGAAUCAGGAUCGCUGCUCUGCAACGAGAGGAAAGACGAACUGUCGGAAAAACACGUAAAAAAAAAAAAAAAGAACAACCCCAACAAAAACAGCAAGAAAAAAAAAAUCGCACGGAUCGUCGCCGUGGCCUUUCUCAAUGCAUCCCCUUUGUGCCCGUGGAACGAUGAAACCAGAAAUAAGCGCCGCCGUCGGGUUUCUGUCGAGAUUUCUGAGAGUAAAAGGACACGUAAACGACCGACAGGUCCAAACGUUCAGCCAAAGCUUACAGGACAUUCUGGCAGAGCAAUAUAAGCACCACUGGUUCCCAGACAAGCCCUGCAAGGGCUCGGGUUACCGCUGCAUCCGCAUCAAUCACAAGAUGGAUCCACUGGUCGGGCAGGCGGGCCAGCGCAUCGGCCUUACCAUCCAGCAACUCUACCUGCUGCUGCCCAGCGAGCUCACGCUUUGGGUGGACCCCUUCGAGGUGUCCUACCGCAUCGGCGAGGACGGCUCCAUCUGCGUCCUGUACGAGUCACAGCCUGGGCCCGUUGGCAUGCCCCUGUCCGCCAGCUCUGCCUUAGGACACGGGUCUGUUGGCCCCAUGGUGGACAGUCACCUCAGCUGUAAGGAGGAAAUGAGGGUGCUGGGCAGGACCAGUCCCUCCAAAGCCUACAACAACAUGAUGACUGUGUCCAGUUAAAGUGGUGCGCGGUCAGUCCCAGCCUACUAUUGUUCAGGGUUACACAGUGGCUGGUCAGAUUAUGGUGAGCCUUUUUAAAGCUAAAAAUUUGAAAUGAAAUAGUGAAAGAAGAAAAAAAAAAACAGGAUGUGGCCUAUCAUCCAGGUGAUGGAAACCUUGUAGGUUCAAUAUUUUUACCUUCUCUCCCGGUUAUCUGUUGUGUUGUCAUUGGAUCAGCUGGGCACUCCGUUUUCUUUAAAGAGAGGCUUUGUGAAAAUGGAACUGUUGGGGCAGCUAAACCAUCCAACCAACCAGGAAAUACCAACCCCCAAUGCCUCCAUGGAGACUGGCUCCGAAACACCCAACAUCCCUCACUUAACUUUCAACAUUUUAAAGUGCUCCACCUCUGAAGGGGCUAUCAGCAUUGACUUUGCACUUUUCUUACUUACUUGUGGGUACUAUGGGUACAUGUUCAACACAUUACAGCAAAAACAGUCUAAAUUGUAAGGAUUUGUUUUCCAGGGAUUUUAAACUUUCAUCGAUCAUCAGUUCUUUAGCAUGGGCACGGAGGAAGUUGAGGUUUGGGCCGUGCCAUAGCAAAUCCAAGCUUAAGGUAAAGAAUCAACAUAUAAGAGCACUUCUAUUUUCUAACAGUUUUUGGACCACAAAAGUACAUUCUUUACCUUAUAGCUAUUAAAAAAGGCUUGUGGUCUGAGCUCAUCUUCCUCCCUUUCCUGUUGCCAAAAUAUUCCAGCCCUCUGUCUACCUGAAAUCUGUUGUGACGCCCAAUGAUACCAGCGUCUCCCAUUGGACCUCCACCCCCCCCAUCUUGCCCAUGUGUGUGUAGCUUUCUUUGGGAAUCUCCCGUUCAAGUCAAUGAAUGUUGUUGAAGAUCACAAUCAAGAUCCUGUACUGAUGUUACAUUUCCCGCCCCCUGUCUCCGACACUUUGUCAUCUCCUGCAUUACCAAAAGUAACAUUGUAGCAAAGAGGGGCGUGGGAGUGGGUCUGUUUACCCAAAUUUUGGUCUUGUGGCCCAGUUUGAGUUGAAAUUGAAAGCACUUUGAUGUGAGAUUGCGUGGGAUGUGUACCUUCUCAGAGAAAAAUCGCCUCCAUUCCAUCCAAUCAAAUGCCAACUUUUGCCACAGCAGUUCUCCUAGUUCUAGCUUUUUUUGUUCAGACAAUACCUUCUGCUGAUGUUUGUCUUAAGGGGCUGUGCAACUCCGAAUUUCAUAAAAGCAUUCAGAUUUUGUUGACAUUAACAUUUCAAAGCAGUUUUUUUAGGGAGAUAAGGAACAUCUUUGGGGUUGUGGUAGGGAGUUUCUUUCAUCCAUUUUUAUGGCCCUGCUGAUUUAGCCUAAGUUAAGUUGCACCCCUUUUUCGAAUAGGAAAAAUGGCAAUUCUAGUUGCAGAUUAAAAAAAAUAAAGAUUGUUUGCCUCAAUCUAAAAAGAAAGAGGUCUGUAACUCGGACCAUUCCAAUUGGCUUUACUGUUUUUCUUAGCUAAGCCCAAAGUUCAGGGUACACUGCCUUAAGAACUCGCUGUCAAGAAUUAGGAGUGACUGGUUAGCUUAAGCUAAAAUUUGUAAUGGCCUGAUGUGUUGUGCUGCCUGGACCCUCAUUGGGGAGUCCGGUUUCCAGUUUCAGGCAGUUCCAACCCAACUCUUGGUGUCUGGGGGUGUUGGUGCCUCAAAAUGCCACUCCUUAGCUCAGACCUCCUAUUCAGAAGAAAAACCAAGUUGGGAUGCUGCUAACUGAACCCCUCUGGACACAGGUAGACUUAAUGUGACACAUAUCACCCUUCGUCAUUGCGGGGGAGUUGGGUAAGGACGGCGAGGUUGGGAAGCUUGGGUGUGAGAGAAGUUGGGGGGUGCAGGGCCAGACUCUUUUGUCCAGGGCAGCUAAAAUCCCUCCAGCCCCCCUCCUUCUGGUUUUUAUUUUCCCCCAACACCCACCCGCCUCGGCCAGAAGCCCUCCACCCUCCCUCAGCAUUGAUGGAUAACCAGCACACGUGCAUUAGGUGGAUUUGGUUGGACGCGAGGGAACAUGGAUCUAAAAGAUGAAGAACUUGAGGGUACUGGGCCAUUGUUUCAUCUCACUGGAUUGCGCUGCACUUAAUCACUGAGUGAGUAGCAACUUUGUUUACAUGCAUACGAAAGAAGGUGCAGCUGUCUUUGUACCCCCGCCUCGCUUAUUGGUUUUGAGGUCGAGUGGAAAACUGCAUGACCGAACAGAUGCCGGAACGACUCCGGUUGUUGUUUUGGCAUCGGCCACCGGCCAGAUCUGUCACGGCAGGCUGGUUUCUACCGCUCAUCACCACACUUUGGGGUGUUUAAGCUCCACUAAGCCCCUGAGAAGAUCAUGGGUGAUAUAGCUCUAGCCUUUGAUGCACUGCAACCCUCCCUCACUCGCUCUACCCCCAACCCUUUGCCACAGUUGCUCUCUGCUGAUACUCCCUUCAGCAAUCUGUGAAAAAGCAGUGAUUCCAUGUUGGCAAGAUAGAUUGGAGCCUGCUGGGAUGGGAGCCCAGAGCUUUGGUUUCCAUGGUGGACCGUCAUAUUUGUUUUUAAUAAUCACGCUGCUCCAUUUUAGCUUGUUUUUCUUUCUUUUUUUUGUCAGCAGACUAGAUGUUUUGAGAUUGGUCUAUAUUUCAGAAACAAGAUGAUCGUCUUGUCUCUCUUUCCUCUCAAUGUAUUUCGUAGUCACACUGGUAGGGUUUCUCUUUUGUUUUCCGUAACUUAUCCACAUUUUCUCAUGUGCAUCCACUUUUACUAUUGUAAUCUAACAACGUGUUAACAUUUGUUUUUAUUCUAGAUCUAAAACAUAAAAAAAAAACAACGAUAAAGUCUCUUCCACCAUUCAAGUUCCGUACGUUUAAAUGGCAUCCAUUCAGCUCGUGUGCACAUAGGUUACAAACUUGCGAGAGCGCUUUGAGUAUUCAGAAGUAAAAUAGCACAUAAAUGCACUAAAUGUCAAACUGAAGUUGUGACUCUGUUUUUUUUUCUCUCUCUCUCAUUCUUUGUUUUCAUUUUAUUUGAGACACGAGGAGUCUCUCCUGGAAUGUAUUGCCAAACUCAGGCCUCAAACACUUCGUAAAUACUCUUAUGGAAAAGUUGUGCAUGUUAAGAUAUGAAACCGGAAGGGAACAGCAGUUAAUUUUUUUUUCUUACCGUCGAUGUCGUCAUUGAACAGCAGAAUUAUUGCCACUUUCGCAUUUGAGGUGUUUUUACAUAUUAUAGAAUGUAUUGUAACUGUACAACAAAUGGUAGAGUUCAUAACAUUACACAUGGGAAGUGCCAAUAAUUGCUAUUCUGGAGUGUUUUUAGGUGGUCUUUUCCUUUUAUGUUCAUUUUGUAUUUCAUCUUUUAACAUGGAUGACGUUUUUCAUAAGAGAAGCCAAUUGUGAUGGGAGUGCUGGCAAGGACCAAAGUUGUUUUCUGGUUUAAAAAAAAAGAAAAUAUUAGUUUCCAUGAUCUGUAACUAUAGGCGUAUCCUAUUUGUUUUUUUUUUCUUUUUUUUGUGAUUUCUUUUCUGUUUUGUUCCCCUUUUUUGCUCUUAUUUACAUAUAAAAUGAGAAAAUAGACAAAAAAAUCUGAGCUUACCCAAGCAGGAAAAGCUGUAUCUUGUGAUCUCAUGUCAGUACAUCAUUAUUGUGUUCAGUUUCCUUUUCCUUGGGUAUGUCGCGAUGAACUGCUGUAAAUUUGUACAGUUCAUGUAAAUUGAUUGUGCGGAAGUUGUACAGAUUUCUAUAUUUUGGAAGAAAAGUUUUUUUUGUUUUUUUCUCUGUAAUAAAAGAUUUCCUAUCUUGGCAUCAUA